AUGUCUCCGCAACCACUCAGUAUUAUCGGUGCAGGCCUAGGAGGCGUGACGCUUGGAAGAGCACUUCUGGAACGAGGCAUACCUGUAGUGCUGUACGAACGCGCGACCUCAUCACCUAGACAUGGCUACGGCAUCAGCUUGCACGCGUCUACCUACAAGCCCUUGUUGAAGAUGCUCAAGAUGGACGAGCAAACUUUCAGACAAAACGUCGCUGUCGAUGCUGCAGUUGGUGGAAAUGGUGCGAUUGACCCCAAGAGGUUGAUAUGUCCACGCGACGUGGCAUCCACAUCGUUUCGCGCCCACCGCGAGAGACUGGAGAAGUUGAUACGUCAAGGCCUGGAUAUUAGGUGGGAAAAUGGGUUAGAGAAGCUGGAACAAACACCAAACGGCACAAGUCUGUACCUGCAGAACGACACCAGCAGGGAAGGUCAGACAUGUAUGGUCGGCGCCGACGGAGUGCACUCAAUCACGAGAAAAUCAAUCUUGAGGGAGGUUGGUCUCGACGUUCUACCCUACGUGACCUUCAAUGGAAAGAGAAAAGUGAACAGAAGCACUUUUGACGAAAUUUACGCUCCGGGCAUGGAAAGCUCUAACGUCAUUGAGAUUCACAACAAUGGCGUUUUCCUACAAGUCUCUGUCAACGACAUUACCGCAGAACAAGCCAGCGUGAGUUGGGUGUAUUCACGUCCAGCUCAAGGAUCAAGCGAUCGUUGCUUCAAACCCAACCGACCGCUAUCUGGUGCCUCUGAUAUUCUGAAAGAGUUUUAUCAGGAAAUCGCUGCUCUACAAGACCUUCCCCAGCCAUUCUUGGAGAUUUUCGAUGAGCAGAAGAUGGAGCAGGACCGUGUCUUGGCUUGGUUGAUGCGUACAUCCAAAGUCGACCUUCCUCAACUCUACCAACUUGCGUCCAAUGGAAUCUUCCUAAUGGGAGACUCUGCCCAUUCUCAGGCAAUUCUUGGUGGCGAAGGCGCAAAUAUCGCGAUAUCUGAUGGUUUGACACUUGCUGAAGCGAUCGCGGCGCGAAACGGUGAGACCAUCACAUCAUGGUACAGCAAGCGUUUCCCGGUCUGGCAGCAGAGUUUGGAGAUUAGCAAGACGACUAUUGAGGAUAUGCACAAGGGUCAGGGUCCUAAAUCUAAGGUCUAG